AUGACAAACCUCCGUCUCACGAUCGAAGACGGCAAGUUCCGCGACGGCUACGGCAGGCAAGUCCUUCUCAGAGGCAUCAACGUCGCCGGCGAAGCCAAGUACCCCAGCAAGCCCAACCAGCCGUCGCACGUGCCAGAAGACUUCUUCGAUGGAGACAAUGUCAGCUUCGUCGGCCGGCCCUUUUCCAAGGAGGAGGCUCAUCUCCAUUUUUCGCGGUUAAAGCGCUGCGGGUACAACACCAUCCGCUAUGUCUUCACUUGGGAGGCUAUCGAAGCCGCCGGUCCGGGCAUCUACGAUGAGGCAUGGAUAGACGAAACAAUAGAGGUGCUGAGGGCGGCAAAAAGUUACGGUUUCUAUGUCUUCAUGGACCCGCAUCAGGAUGUGUGGUCUCGUUUCUCGGGAGGCUCGGGCGCUCCCAUGUGGACGCUCUACGCAGCUGGGCUUAACCCCCAGAGUUUUGCGGCGACAGAGGCCGCCAUCGUCCAUAACACCUACCCAGAACCCGACGCGUUUCCCAAGAUGAUCUGGUCGACAAACUACUACCGCCUGGCCGCGGCCACCAUGUUCACCUUAUUCUUUGCCGGGAGAGACUUUGCACCACGGUGUAUCAUCGACGGGGUCAACAUUCAAGAUUACUUACAGGGUCACUUCCUCCGCGCCUGUGCUCAUCUAGCGCAGCGCAUCCACGAGGCCGGCGACAUCGAGAACGACGUGGUGUUUGGCUGGGAGAGCUUAAACGAGCCGAAUAAAGGCAUGAUAGGCUACCAAGACAUCAGUGUCAUACCGAAAGAGCAGGCCCUCAAAAAAGGAACUUGCCCGACAAUAUGGCAGACCAUGCUUACGGGGUCUGGGAGAGCAGUCGAGGUCGAGACCUGGGACAUGGGGGGACUUGGCCCUUACAGGGUGGGGCGCACGCUUGUUGAUCCGCAUGGCGAGGUUGCCUGGCUCCCAGAAGGCUAUGAUGAGUCGCGGUACGGCUACAAGAGAGAUCCAGGGUGGAAGCUGGGCGAGUGCAUCUGGGCACAGCAUGGCGUCUGGGACCCGUCGACGGACACGCUUCUCAGAAAGGACUAUUUUGCGAAGCAUCCGGCAACGGGGGAAACCAUUGACUAUUCCUACUUCACCAACACCUACUUUAUGGAUUUUUUCCGAAAAUACCGCGACACGGUCCGGUCAGUACACAAGAACGCCAUCAUUCUUCUGCAAGGUCCCACCAUGGAACUUCCACCACUCAUCAAAGACACCCCGGACGGCGAUGAUCCAUUUCUAGUCUAUUCCCCUCACUGGUACGAUGGCAUCACCUUGAUGACCAAGAAAUGGAACCGGAAUUGGAACGUGGACGUGAUAGGCGUGCUCCGCGGGCGGUAUUGGCACCCAGCCCUUGCCGUGAAGCUGGGGGAGACGGCAAUCCGGAACUGCUUCCGAGACCAACACGCGGCCAUGAGAAAGGAGGGUCUCGAUCGCAUGGGGAACCACCCAUGUUUGAUGACGGAAUUCGGCAUUCCGUACGAUAUGGAUGACAAGUACGCAUACAAGACGGGCGACUACUCGAGUCAAUCGGCUGCUAUGGACGCCAAUCAUUUCGGAGUGGAGGCCGCCGGCUUGGAAGGUUACACCCUUUGGCUAUACAUGGCCUCAAACGAUCACGAAAAGGGAGAUCAGUGGAAUGGCGAAGAUCUCUCCAUCGUCUCGGUCGAUGAUAAGCUGCUACCACUCUCGGCUCACCCCCGCAUCCCAAGCCUCGAAGACUCGACUUCGAACCUACGAACACCGGCUGCUAGGAAAGAGUUGGACGACGACGAGAGUGUUACACCCGCUAACCUCAGACGCUCCAUCACAAAUCCUUCCAUUUCUUUAGAGGCUACCUCGCGUCAGCCCGAACUCACGGCUUCCCCGGGCUACCGUGCAGCAGAGGCGUACGUGCGGCCAGCGCCGGUCGCUACGGCCGGAGUCAUAACGGAUUAUGGGUUCGAUCUCCGAAAAUGCCUCUUCACGUUGACGAUCCAAGCUCCCAGAGUGGCAGAUCCGGAGGCGCCGACAGUAGUGUUCCUCCCGGAGUACCAUUUCCCCAAGGACGAGUGCUCGGUCGAGGUGAGCUCGGGUAAGUGGGAGAUAAGCAGCGAUGAGGAGGAGACGGUGCUCAUCCAGCGGCUGCGCUGGUGGCAUGGUGAUGGGCAGCAGACCUUGAGGGUUUCCGGGGUCAUCAAGAAGCACAACAUCGGAGAGAGCGCCGAGGAUACGGGUUAUUACGAGCAAUGUAACCAGGGGGCAUGGAGCAGUUGCACGGCCAUGUAA